GCGGCUAAGGGAGGCAGGAGGCUGGGCAAUGGACCUUCAGGUCUGAGGCCGGCCUGAGCUUCGGCAGCCUGGAGAAAUGAUCUAAUCUUGGACCAGCCAAGUGGAAUUCCUGAAUCUUUGUAAGGUGUCAAUGCUCAGCCAUGUGGACCCCCAGUCGGCGGCAGCUCUGCCUGGCCUUCUUGCUGGUCUGUGUGCUCUCCACCGGCUUCUUCUUGUUCCACCUGCAGGGAGGAAACUUCUUUCGAAAUGGGCUAACCCUCUCUCUCCUGUGUCCAGACUACCACCUGCUCAAGUCCCCAGUGGCCAUGGUAUGCUUGCCCCACCCACUGCAGAGAGUCAAUGCCUCCCCUUCCCGUCCCGGACAGUUCUCCUCUCUCUCUGGGACUUGGACCAUCUCCCCAGGAGGCAGGUUCGGUAACCAGAUGGGGCAGUAUGCCACGCUGCUGGCCCUGGCCCAGCUCAAUGGCCGCCAAGCUUUCAUCCAUCCUGAGAUGCAUGCCACCCUGGCCCCUGUGUUCCGCAUCUCCCUGCCCGUGCUGGACCCUGAGGUGGACAGCCUCACGCCGUGGCAGCAUUUAGUCUUACAUGACUGGAUGUCAGAGGAGUACUCCCAUCUGGAGGACCCCUUUCUCAAGCUGUCCGGUUUCCCUUGCUCUUGGACCUUUUUCCACCACCUCCGGGCACAGAUCCGCAGGGAGUUCACCCUGCAUGACCACCUUCGGGAAGGUGCCCAGCACCUGCUGAGUGGGCUCCGGCUGGGCUCCUCGGGCAUCCGCCCUCACACCUUUGUGGGUGUCCACGUGCGUCGUGGGGACUAUCUGGAAGUGAUGCCCAAUCGUUGGAAAGGUGUGGUGGGUGACCAAGCUUACCUCCAGCAAGCCAUGGACUGGUUCCGGGCCCGACACAAAGACCCCAUCUUUGUGGUCACCAGCAAUGGCAUGAAAUGGUGUUUGGAGAAUAUUGACACGUCCCGCGGUGAUGUGGUCUUCGCUGGCAAUGGACAAGAGAGUACACCGGGCAGAGAUUUUGCACUGCUUACACAGUGUAACCACACCAUCAUGACUAUUGGUACCUUUGGCUUCUGGGCCGCCUAUUUAGCUGGUGGAGACACUGUCUACCUCGCCAACUUCACCCUGCCAGACUCGGAAUUUCUGAAGAUCUUCAGGCCUAAGGCCGCCUUCCUUCCCGAGUGGGUGGGCAUUAACGCAGACCUGUCCCCACUUCAGGCUCAGGUUGACCCUUGGGAGCUAGACAGUCUUUUAAGAUUGGUUUGAGCCAUCUAGAGUCAUCCAUUUGUAUCUCUAGAGACUUGUGGCUUUUGGAAUGUGUCUGUGGUAGUGCAGGAGCUGGUGGGCGCUCAUUUCCAGACUUUCUGGAAAUGCAGGAAUGUUCUAAAGAUAGUACAACAGAACAUCAUUGUCUAAUGGCCAGAGAAGUCCAAGUUAGCCCUGUGAGGCACAGUCCUCUCCUCACCCACCCAGCUUACCUUCGUAGAACUUCUGGAUUACGGGAGAGAAGAAACUCCUGACUCCAUUCUAGGGGGCUUGGUGGCUGUUUCUGAGAGUCUGGUCCCGUGCGUGCAUGUGUGCGAGCGUGCGUGCGUGCGUGUGUGCAUGCACAGCACACUGCAGGGGGCGUCCUGCCAGCACUGUAGAAAGUGGAACGUGUAAUGAAGGUGCAUGCAAACACUGUACGUACCACUCCCCUGCUGCAAACCUGGAGCCAUGUGAAAGACCCUUUAAAGAGCUAGCGUCAUGUCAGAAAGAAGGGGACUUGAGCAGACCUGAAUUCUGCUCAACCCCUCGGCCCCAGAGAAACCUCACAGACUUAUUUAGGGUGGGGACAGUAAAUGGGCUAAACUAUGGGGGAGAGGAGAGGAAGGGACUGCUGAGGGGCUGUACUUGCCGGAGCAGGGUCUCCUAAAAAUCCAGGGACUUCUUUAAAAAGAGCGGAAAACUUAAAGAAAUAGAUUAGCCCUGACUUUAGGAUCAAGGAGAUUUCUUCUCUGAUGCUACAGGUCCCCUGGGGUCUGUUUUCUGGAAGCCACCAGGCUUAUAGAAAACAAGGGUGCUGGAUAUCCUCCCUAUGCUAAUUCCCUGCCGUCCCUGCCGGGUUCCGCCCUCCUGAAUGCUUAAGGGAAGUUCCUUGUCUGUGUAUCCUGAAUAAUGGUCAUUAACAGCUUAGAUUAUAAAACAUC